GCCGCGGGGAGGGCGGCUUCCGAAAGCACAGUUCCAUCGAGCGUCGCCGCCGUAUUUGGGGUCUCGGCGGAAGCAGCGGUCGCAGCUAGAAGCUUUACUGACCACAGGCCCGGCCUCACCCCGGGGACCGCCACCAUUCUACCUCUGUCCGAGAGAAGGAAGGGGGCGUAUGCAAACAACCUGUAGUUCCAAGCUCCUGAUUGGUCGGUCGGAGGCCUCGUCCCCGCCGUGGGCAUGCGGGCGCGGCCUGCGCGCACGUGAGAGGAUGGGGACCCAGGGCAGCCCGGUCAAGAGCUACGACUACCUGCUCAAGUUCCUGCUGGUGGGCGACAGCGACGUGGGCAAGGGCGAGAUCCUGGAGAGCCUGCAGGACGGCGCGGCCGAGUCCCCGUACGCCUACAGCAACGGCAUUGACUACAAGACCACCACUAUCCUGCUGGACGGCCGGCGGGUCAAGCUGGAGCUCUGGGACACGUCGGGCCAGGGCAGGUUCUGCACCAUCUUCAGGUCCUACUCCAGGGGCGCACAGGGGAUCCUUCUGGUAUAUGACAUCACCAACCGCUGGUCGUUUGAUGGCAUCGACCGGUGGAUCAGGGAGAUUGAUGAGCAUGCUCCUGGUGUGCCGCGGAUCCUGGUCGGGAACCGGCUGCACCUGGCGUUCAAGCGGCAAGUGCCAACAGAGCAGGCUCGUGCCUAUGCGGAAAAGAACUGCAUGACCUUCUUUGAGGUCAGCCCGCUGUGCAACUUCAAUGUCAUUGAGUCCUUCACUGAGCUGUCCCGCAUUGUGCUCAUGAGGCAUGGCAUGGAGAAGAUCUGGAGGCCCAACAGAGUGUUCAGCCUGCAGGAUCUCUGUUGCCGGGCGAUCGUCUCCUGCACCCCCGUGCACCUCAUCGACAAGCUGCCUCUGCCUGUCACCAUCAAGAGCCACCUCAAGUCCUUCUCGAUGGCCAACGGCAUGAACGCCGUCAUGAUGCACGGGCGCUCCUACUCGCUGGCCAGUGGGGCUGGGGGCGGCAGUGGCAAGGGCAGCAGCCUCAGGAGGUCCAGGUCCAUCCGCCCCCCUCAGAGCCCGCCCCAGAACUGCUCGCGGAGCAACUGCAAGAUCUCCUAGCGGGGCAGGCUGGCGCUGCCCAACAAGAUGUGUCCUCGGCCUGGCCCUGCAUAUAAGGAAGACUUUGGCCACACAGGCCCCUGGAAGCAUGGGGUCCCACCUAGUGGGCUGGUAUUCCCGCCAGCCGAGCACCACGGGAUGGUAGAGGCUGUGCUCCUGUGGCUGGGGGCCCCUGCACUGCAGCUGAGAAGCACCCUGGGGGCAGCUCUGCUGGGCCCCAGUCUGUAGGGGGCUGUCCUUGAGAACCAGGGUCUGGCUUGUGUUCUUAUUUAUAGAGAUGAUGUUCAUCCCCCUCUGUACAUUUUCUAAAGGCCGGAAGGGCAGCCUCUGUGCAGCAUGUGAUGAACCCAUGUCACUGGGGAUGGAUUUGGGGGCAUUUGGAGUGGGAGCAGAUUUGAGGCAAAUAAGGGGAGGAAUUGAGCUGUCGAGGCUUGAAUCUGAAUCACAUAGGUUUCAUGUGGGAUGUGGGCCCCAGGGGUCAGCACUGCAGUUGCGGCUUCCUUGGCUCCCAGUGGCCUUCCUGGACGACAUCCCUGCAUGUCGUGGAGCCAUGGGCCCAGAGCUGGGGCCACUCACGGGUUCCCGAGUGGAGUGCCAGUGUCUUUUGGGUUGUGGGGUGUGCCCCUCCUCACUCCUGUGGGGCUGACGGCUUUCUGUCCGUCAUUCUGCACGUUCCCUUGCAUUUAUAUCUUGCUGUAUGACCUUGGUUUGGUAUCUGAGGCGGUGAAUGUUUGGUGGGGCCCCCAGCUGUGCUGCAGAUCUGGAUUGAGUGCCGCCUGCUCAACUCCGGGGGAGCGUGGACCCUGCUCUUACCAGCUUCUGUCUGCUGACCUUGGUGGGACCCCCAUAGCUGCUCCUCACCUGGUGUCACCCGUGAGGUCACAUCACCAGAACCAUUCUGACCUGUUCCAUAGUGACGCAGUCAGCAGCAGCCGCGGCUGUGGACACUGAGCCCCUCGUUGAGGGCCUGCCUGCAGCCCCGAGCUGGAGGUCUGGCCGCCUUCUGCCCACCUGGCUGGGGAUGCGGCUGUCGCUGCCCUGGUGCUCAACUCUACCUCCUGCCCCCAGGCCCCUCCUUGCUCUGGGACUCUUCUGUGGUGGUGGGGGGCCCCGUCACGCCUGCUGUGCUGGGAGGCAAGGCGGAGAGGGGCCUGAGGCCCAUGUGAGCAGGGGCGCCCAGGGACCCUGGCUGAGGCCUGGCCACCAGCGAGGUUGGGCAGAGGAGGCACCGCCCUGCCUGUCCUGCCAGUGGGGCCCCUUUCUUCGGACUUUGAACCAAAUCACACACUCUGUUCUGAGGAUGUGGAUGGUCCUGCGUUCUCUACAUCAACACUACCCUUCGCUGCUGUCUGAUGCUCACACCAUUCCUGGGCUCGUUUUGGAUGGUUUUGGUUUCUUUGUACAGUAAAUGUAAUUCAGCUUUGAUCUGCCGAUUGCUCUAUAUGAAUUAAAGUCUGGAUUCAGCUGG